CACACGCCGCAGCUGUUCGCUAUCACAGAAAUCCGUGAGAGAAAAGGAGUGGUGAUUAGGUCUGUCUUUGCCUAAAAAAUACGUUUUUUCUAUGAUUCAUUAACAUUUUGUGACUGGUGACCGUUAUAUGUGCAAGUUAAAGUUGUUCUACAUGUGAUAUAUUGUUGGUAGCGUUGAAAAACAUCGCGAAAUAGUGUAAUUAACGAUGUAAACGUUGGUUAUGACGUUUACUACGGUGUAUUUGUGUGUGUGUGCGUGAGUGACAGCAUUGCCGACGACCGUUGAAGCGAAUCUUGUAACGGAAUAGGUACCUAUUGGAUGUGAAUGCUGUUUUCGAUGUUGGCCGUUGCAGCUUUGUUUCGCUCUAAAUACGGCGGCGGCGGCGCAAAGGCAAAUUAAACUGUGAAAAAGAUCAGACGGACAUCAUGGCGGCGGCGUUUGCGCGCCAAAUCCUGCGUCACCGACAGCGCCAUCUGUCAGCGGCCGGCGGUACCCACUUCCGUAGUUUGAAUCAUUCGGACCGUUCGAAAUAGUCAUUUGUGAUUUAACUGUGACAGUGCGGGGUCGUUAUGUGAUAUAGUUAUAUAAUUUUAAGUGUUGUGUUGUGUUUGUGUGUUACGAUGUCGGAGGAGAGGUCGCGGCGGUUGUCGCAGAUCUUCGAUCCCCUGGCUCGGUUCACGGACAUCAGCGGGGCUGGCCACUCGGCUAGUACCCCCAACAGUCCCCGACUGCUGCCGAGGAGGUCGCGAGAUCCGCCGCCCCCGCCACCUAGGCCCAUAGCUCACUCCUCUCGUCUCGAUCCUCUGGAGUACGAGCUGGCGGCUGCCGAGGUUGGCUCCAUCAACUGGCAGGAGCGGUGCUUGGAGCUGCAGCUGGAACUACAUCGCAGCAGGCAUCAGGCGACCAGGGUCCGGGAUAUGCUGAGAGAUAAGCUCUCGGAGCUCGAGCAGCGAGUCCUGGAAGCCGAGGGCAGGGCAGAGGAAGCGGAGGACAAGGUCCGCGCCAUGGAGCAGCGGCUGUGCGAAUGGCCAGCGGGCACUGAUGGUGCACCUCGGGCCAUUACGCGGCUAGAGGGCCAAAUAGAGGAACAGAAGCAGCUAAGACUCCAGGACGCGAAACAGGUGGAAGCGAAGGCGGCCCGCAUCAAGGAGUGGGUGACCAACAAGCUGAGGGAGUUGGAACAACAGAACCAGUUACUCAGGGAACAGAACGACCGCUGCAACCAGCAACUAGAACUGCUUAGGAACCAUAUUGCCGCUUCGGGGAGUAGGAAUUGUACUUUUUUACCAACUCGAGCAAGUCUCUCUCUAGAAGUGAGGACAGAUGACGGUUCUCCUCGAGCCACAUCGAGUCUUUUGGCCUCAAACCGACGUCGUUCAGAAAGCCUAGAAGGGCCUCAGUUACCAAUAAACUCUUCGGAGCCCCACUACAGUACACCGGUGCGGCAUAGAAGGAACCUGUCCAUCGGUACUACCAACAUAGCGAAUAACGUCAAUGCUGCCAACCCUCCGGGGUUGAACACCAUGAAUAGGACUAUGGAUGAGAGGACCACUGCCAGCUUAUUGGCUGAUGAUUUAGCUGCUGCAGUAGAAAAUUUAGUGGUGCUACCAACAACGCCUAACACAUCUACCGACGGUGACACCACGCACGAUUACGCUGAGAUUUACACUCCUAGCAGAGAACGAACCCCAGCGUGGCAAGGCACAGUAAACGUGAUAGUGCAAGGCAACAGCCGCGGCGGCUCGUCCACGGGCGACUCGUCCGCGUCCGACCAGCCGCGUCCGCCCACGCCGCCGCUACACCGCUUCCCUAGCUGGGAGGCUAAGAUCUAUCAGGUGGCAGACGAUGGUCUCCAACAAUCAGUAGAAGAGGAACUAAGUCCCCCGCCGUGUCCGCGGCCGAUGCCCGAGUCCACCAGCUACCAGGAUAUAUCCGUCCCCGUCUAUGCCACUGUUAAAGGGCGCGCGAGUCAGAUAAGGUCGAUGCCGUUCACGGGCGACUCGUCGGACGACUCGUCCGACGGCGAGGACUCGCUCGGCGUCACCGUUCAUAAUACACCACAUCACCAGCUCGUCAAUGUUAAUCCUGUGUUUAGUGCCCAAACAUCAACACCCCAACCGAUCAACAACGUGCCCCACCCAAACGUCUUACCCUCAAUACAGCAGACCACCAACGGCCUAGUUCUGACAAACAGUGCGAACGGUCAGUGCAGCUCGUCUGACACCAGUCUGAGUGCCAGUAGCCCGUCCAAGAGUGUGAAGACCAGUUCUAGUCUGUCGCCAGCUAAGAGGUCCAGCAGUGGGUCGCCUAGUAAGCAGAGUAAGACUAGAGACACGUCGUUCGAGUCGGGCAUGUCGGACGACUACGCGAUCCCGCCGGACGCGGUGUCGUGCGACAGUACGGCGUCACCGUCGCUCGCCUCGCUGUGUCGCGCGCCGCCGACUACUGACUCGCCGAGACGACACGACGCCUUGGAGAAGAGUGGACAUCUAGCUAAGCUUGGGGGGAAGCUGAAGACUUGGAGGAAACGAUGGUUUGUCCUCAAAAACGGCACACUAUCCUACUGGAAAUCCCAAUCCGAGGUGAACCGCAAGCCUCAAGGUCAGAUAGGUCUCGGUGAAGCCUGCAAGAUAUCCAGGAAUGAGGGAGCAGCCACCUUCGAGAUCUUCACUGGCAGCAGGACUUAUUAUCUUACUGCUGACAGUAUCGCCACUAUGGAAGACUGGAUUAGAGUUUUACAGAAUGUCCAAAGGCGGAAUGCAACGAAACUCCUGUUAAGCAAAGAGGAUAACAAGCCUACGAUCCAGGGUUGGCUCACGAAGGUCAAGAAUGGUCACGCCAAGAAGAGCUGGUGUGUUCUCAUCGGGAAGAUGUUCCUGUACUUCAAGUCGCCGGGUGAUCAGAACCCCACCGGUCAGAUCAACAUGCGUGAUGCCCGAGUAGAAGAUGUAGAACACGUGUCUGACUCAGACUCGGAAGAGAAGAACGAUGACACCCGCAACCACCUCACUGUGGCUAUCUACCCGCAACACCAGGUAACUGGGGGUCCGACGUACCUCCUGUUCGAGAGCAAGGCGGACAAGGACUCGUGGCUGUACCAGCUGACGGUGGUGAGCGGCGGCGGCCUGAGCCAGGGCACGCACUUCGAGCAGCUCGUGCAGAAACUCAUGGAGACUGAUGGCGAUCCUAAUUGUGUUCUAUGGAGGCAUCCGACGUUGCUAUACUCGAAAGAAAACCUGACUUCUCCGCUCACGUCACUCAACUCCGAGGCGUUGCAGGCUGAAGCUUUAAAAUUAUUUAAGUGCGUACAACUAUUCAUGUCAGUAGCCGUCGAACAAGCCGGCAUCGACUACCACGUGGUGCUAGCCCAGAACGCGUUGGCGCAGUGCCUGGAGGUCGGGGAACUCCAGGCGGAACUGCUGGCAGCGCUGGCUCGGCAGACGGCCCCGCACACGUCCAGCAAGCUCGGCGUCCAGGUAACGGCCUCGCCCGCCCGUCGCACGCAGCUUAAAGCGGCCAAGCUUAAGAAUCAACUGCUACUGUGCGCGACUCAAUCGCUGUUCACGUGCGACACGGGCGCGGCGUCUGUCGGCGGCGACAACAAGAGCGACGUACCGCCCAGCGCCGGCUCGCCUAGCUCGAUACAGGAAUGUUUCCAGGCGCCGUUGUUAUCCGUCGAUUGUAAGAGUAACCCGCCGACCUACAGUUUUGUACAAGGAUGGCAGUUGUUGGCCUUAGCUGUCAGUCUGUUUGUGCCUAAGAAUAAUAGACUGCUUUGGUAUCUGAAGCUGCAUUUGAGCAGGCAUGCUGAUACUAAAACGGAAUGCGGUAAAUACGCAGCGUACUGUUCGCGCGCACUAGAGCGAACUAUCCGCAACGGUGGACGGGAAGACAAACCGUCACGUAUGGAAGUGCUCUCCAUACUCCUGAAGAACCCAUACCACCACUGUCUGCCUCACGCCAUACCUGUGCAUAUGCUCAAUAAUACUUAUCAGGUAAUAAGUUUCGACGGUUCAACAACUGUGGAAGAGUUCCUAUCGACGUUAAGUACAGAGCUCGGGUGUCGGGAAUCAGCGGCGUCGGGCUUCGCGCUCUUCAGCGACGAUCCUAUCGAGAAGGAUCUAGAACAUCAUAUCAAACCUGAUAAGAAGCUAUGCGACGUAAUAUCAAAAUGGGAGACGGCACUUCGAGAGAAGGGUUCAGGAAAGUUCGAGAACUCUCGUGUCAUCCGCCUCACGUACAGAAAUAGGCUUUACUUCAAGAACUCCAUUAGAACUGAGACGGAUAAGGAACGACUGUUGUUAUGUUAUCAAGUUAAUCAACAAGUGGUAGCCGGCCGUUUCCCCGUAACCCGGGAGUUAGCGGCGGAACUAGGAGCCCUAAUGGCGCAGCUAGACAUGGGCGACUACUCCGCCGUCAACUCGCAGCACAACCAGCCGCUCGCGCAUCGGUUCUACCCCUAUAGGUAUAGGGCCGGCCUUAGUAAUGAUGAACUUAGGGAUGUAGAAGAGAAGCUCCGUUCGAAGUGGGUAGCGUUAAAGGGCCGCAGUACGGCGGACUGUGUGCGGAUCUACCUCAACUGUACCAGGAAGUGGCCUUUCUUUGGUGCUACACUGUUCCAAGCUAGGAUAAAACAGCCCGACUUAUCAAUGGUAUGGCUAGCAGUAUCAGAAGAGGGAGUGACGGUGCUAGAGCUAGCGUCGAUGUCCGUCAUCGGCCGGUACGCGCUCAGCUCUAUAGGGCUGUUUGGUGGAUUACAGGAUGACUUGAUGAUGUUGAUCGACGCAGAAGACGCAGCGAGUCCGGUGCAUAAGAUGUUGAUUAGUCUCAAUAAGCCUAAAAUGGCCGAGCUAACCCAUCUAAUAGCAGACUACAAGAACGCCUUACUCCGUAGCGCUGGCACAGGCACGCCUCAGAUGAACUCCCUCACGCGGCACGGCUCGCACCGCUCGCUGCGCAAGCCCGCCACACUCCCCCACUCGUCGCCCUCCACUCUGCCACACGUGCACCACGUCCACGCCACGGGCCACAACACCCUCAACUCACACGCCACCACCAUGACUCUCAACUCCGACAGAAACGCCACUCUAACCUUAAGCUCCCAUACUUCGACGUUCAACCAGCAUGUGGAAGCGAGAGUCCUGUCCCAUGGACAGCCAGAUAUACUGAAGUCGACGCCUGAUCAUCAUAGGAGUGAGAAAAAGAGAAGUCACACGCAAGACAGCGGAGUCGCGUGAUUGUGAGUGAAUUGACUAAGUGAAUGUGAUUUUUAGGGAUGUGUUGUGGCGGUUUUUUAGAAUUUGGGAGUCGAAUUUUUGAAGUUUUUUUUUUAAGAAGUGUUGGUAAGUUUGCCGAAUAAUUUGUUGUAAAAUGUACAGAACUGCAGUUUUGCUUUUAAAGUCAAUGAGACUUAACUUGCCUACCGAUUGCGAUAAAGUGUACCGAAAAAUGAAGUUUAGUGAUUUUCUUUUGUUAAGAAAAAAUGUGCUUCAAAAUUCUGAAAGCCGUCGCGUCGUUAACUAAAGGAUAGAGAAGGCCCGCAAACAGAAAGUUACAGCAUUCCACCAAAUAUAAGACGAUGGGAAAUAAACGAAAUAAUAAUAUACCUCAUAUUUUGUAGCGAACGAUUCAGCCUAUUUUAAUUGGCUUUUUAAAUAUAGAUUUAAAGAAUAGUUUAUAAUUUAUUUUUUCAGCGUAAUAAUUAUAAUUUAACGGUCGCUCCGUUUAGUGAAUUCGGCUUGAUGUAUGUACAGAUGUGUGGUUCGUAUGAAUGUGUUGUUUAUACGCGGUCUAAAUGCCAAUUUUAUACAUAGUUGUUAUGUAUGUACAGGGUGCAAUAAACGAUAGUGUUGUAACUGGUCACCAAUUUUUAAAUAGUUAUUCAGGACUCCCUGGACUUGAUCUUUCAGAAUUAUUUGAAUAUUUGACUUCAUUUCAGUACUGAUUUAGUAGAGAACUUAAAUAUUUGACAUACUUAAUUCUGGAGGUGUUACUGAGAGAAAACCCUUUUUAUUAACCAAACAGCUUUUACAUUUUGAUGUUCCCUAAUAAAUCACCAAUUAAUGAAAGUUUCAAAAUUUAUCGAACCCUGUACAAGUUAGAUCGAAGUCCAUAUAGUAAAGUUUUGUACUAACUGCUAGUUCGAAUAGAUCUGUCUUACAAUCGACUGAUGUUCAGAUGUGGUUACACUUGCGUUUACGAAGGAAGAAAUAUACUGAUACAACAUAUAUAAAAAGAUACGAAAACUGAAAAGUAUACAAAAAUAUGGUUUUAAACGUCAGAACAAUUUUUCAUAUACCUAAUAUAAUCUGUCUCUUGAUAAUCUCAACAUUUAAUAACUGGCAAAAAAUAAUAUAUCCUUUAUUUAGUUAUAACUCUCUGCAACUUUUCGAGAAAAAGAAGCCGUCAUGACGGUAACACUGGCCUAAUAGUGUCUACAUUUAUGUCUACGUACUUUGUAAUAAAACGCAAGUGUAACCUCAUCUUAUAAUUAAAAAGUAUGAAGCCUCGCGCGGGAGUGUGAAUCUCAAUAUACAUAGAAACGACAUAAUAUUAUCUAGACUGCCUUUACUUAUUUACAUUAUACUUUUUUUUUAUAUAACUUGGUCAUUGAGUACCUAAAUCAUAUUCGACAUAGUGCCAAUGAGCUUGAAUCUUUAUGUUCUGAAUUUUAUUUUUUACUGAUUUAAUAGAAAUGUUUUGGUAAUGUCUAAAAAUUUGUCUAGGUCCCCAUAACUUGGGACCAUAAGAAGAGAACAGAAAUCACGUUGAAUUUGAGAUUUCAUUAUUCGAUAUCGAUAUUGUACAUUUUAUAGAUACUGUGGACAUCACUGUCCAUAGUUAAUUAUCACAAGGCAAUUGACUCUUAAUACCAAAAUACAGGCUUACAUGAACACAUUAUACUGUCUUAAGGCAUACAACGGAACCUUUAAUAUUGAAAUAUAAAAAUAUAUAACCAAGACAGUAACUCAAAAGCCAUAUAAAUACCAAAAUAUUUCCAAUAAAUCAGCUUCAAUUACAUUAUUAUUUUCUCCCAUGAAACCAUAAUCAAAAUGUCGUCAUUGAUAAAUCGCAUGUCUGUGUGAUAACAACUAAUGGACUGAUAUUAUAUUUAAGAUCCUCAACGAAUCUAAGCGCGUUAUAAUAAUUGUAUUUGUUUAAGUUGAUCUAUGGAACUCAGUACCUUUGCAAAAAAACUUUUUUUUACUCUUUUGUAAGAUUUAAACUUAAUAUUUUAUGAUUGUAUUUUUAAGCUUGUGAAAGCUGGCUUGCACUAGUGUUCACUAAAUAAUAAAUAAACAUAAUAAUUUUGAAAAAGAAGUGUAAGAAAAAAAAAGGAAACUUUUGCCAUCGCCAGUACGAUUUUUGACUCCUAGAUCAAAACAAGAUGAAUAUUUAGUGAGCAAUAGUGGCAGUCACCUUGAAUGACUAAAAGGUUUGUCUAAAUGCAUUAAAAACCCCCUUUUUUCUAAAUUAAUUCAGUAAUACUAUUAAUACUAUUUUCAGUUACACUACAUUAUUUUUAGUAGAGCGUUCUAACGGAACAUUUUUUUUUAUUUAUAAUUGUAACUGUAAUUUUUAUCAUUUUGGUCGGUUUACGCUAAACUAAAAAUAACGUAAAGCAAAUGUAGAUACAUUUUGUGGGCAUUUUACUACACUAUUUUAAUAUACAUAGGGUAUAUUUUGUAUAUUUUUGGCAACUAUUUAUUCAGGGUUCCGUGUAUAUAUUCGCGUGAAAUAUUAUAAAACAUGCUGUAGGGAGUAGUACAGACUUAGUGACAUCACAACGGAUACAGGGCCCCAAUCACAAAGUAACUUAGUACGCAGAAUAGCCCACCAAAGUAAUAAGCUUACAUUUUAAUAUUCGUCUAGUCUAGCCACGGAGCUCUGGAGCAAUAUAAUUUUAUACUCAAUUAGCUUUCAUAGAUAUUUCUACCAAUUUUUAUAAUCAAAGAUAUUUCGUUACCAGCUUGUUAAGACAUUAUUUGCUGUGUCAUGCAAUAAAGAAGGCUUAAUGUAGAAAGGAAUUCUCAUUUAUUUAUUUUUCUUUUUAGUAUAACUUGUAGAUACUUCUAGUAACACUUAGUUCUGCUUUAAUCUAUUUUGUCUUGACCUUCUUUAUUGCAAUGACACGAUAAUGAGCGGGCUAAUUGUAAACAGCUACAAAUAUACAAACGGCGACUAAAUAGAGGUAGUUUUAUAAAUCGUAGUCAUAAAUAGACCAUAGAAGCUAAUGACAACGGUAAUUAUGUAAUUUUUGACCAAUUCGCUUCCAUGGCCAAUCUAUCCGAGCGGACUGGCAGGCCAGGGGUUGGAUAGCUAACGUUCGCAGAACAUCGCAGAGCCCUCAGAAGCACAAAGAUAAGCCUUAUUUUGUUAAUUCUCUGAAGGCUACCAGCUCUUCAAACCCUGGCCUGAUAUACGCGAUUAUAGCCCUUAUCACACCAAAACUAGAAAUUAAUUGCUGCAUAAUAAAAGGGUUCACAAUAAAGGCUAAAAUCGCGUGUCCCGUAGCUAUUUAGGAAAUAAAAUUAAUAAAUAAACCAACAUUUCGAUUGCACUUUUUGCAUAACACUUAACUGUUGAUAUAAUUAUGAUUGUAUAGAAUAUUAUAAUGUAUAUUUUACAUUAGAAUCGAUGAUUUAAUUUUAUUAUUGUAUUAAGAAUUUGUAAUUUCUGAGUUAUUUUGUAAGUAUUUAUUGUAUUUUGUUUUACAAUUGGUUGUUUAAUUUUUUAAAUCAUUUUUGACGUGUCCAUUUUCGUUAGUCAUGGCCUAACUCGAAGACUAACCAUUGGAGGCCUAAAAUUGGAUCGUAUGUGAAUUAUACUUUGAAUGUAUUUAGACGAUUUUUGUUUGAUGAUGCGAGAAUAAACUUGUAUUACUGAA